AUGACCUUAGAACAGGCGGAAGACAUCCACCUGACGAUUCAGGAGACUCUUCAGGAUAAGCUCAUGGCUGAUCUUGAAGCUUCCAUGACAACUGAACCAAACGACAUCAGGUUGCGCGUAGACUGUGAUGUCCAUCCGUUCUUCUACGUGUGCCGUAUAGGUACCACAGCGGAAAUGCUGAAACUGACCGUCUGGUUGCAUAUCCAAAUGGCUACAGAUUCCCCACUUGAAAAGAUCAUGAUCGAGCCGAAAUCGUGCGUACACCUAUUCUAA